AUGUGUAUGAAGUAUAGCUUGGCCGUUAUUGCCGCGGAAGAAAACAUCAAACAUUAUCAAGCAAGAAUGAAGUAUUUCACAAAGACAUGGAUAAAAGAAAAUUUUCCACAUUCUUCAUCGAUUGUGUUCGUCGUCGUCGUGACGAUCGAAUCCUGGGUUUUGUGCGAAAUUGUUGACAAAGAUCCCUUCUCCAGCGCUCAGUUUAUGAUGGUUGGUAAAGAUAAGGUUUUUAUUGGACAUGUUGUGGCGACUUACGUCGUUGAGGACUUUCAUCAAUGUGGUCUGUCGUGUGCAUCUAAUCCUAAAUGCAAAGCCAUCAAUUACGAGUAUUCGACUGUCAACAGUUCGUUGCAGAAGUGUGAGUUGAAUGACGCAACUAAAACGGAGAGACCUCCAGAGUUUUAUAUUUAUCAUAAAGGAUUUUCCUAUUACGAGAUUGUAACUGAUUCACAGCCACAGACACAAAGUCAUGAAACUGGAAAGAAGAUCAAUUUAAAUUGUCCCGAUCAGCAUGAUGGAGCAAGUUGUCAAAUAUUUUGCGUACAGUAUCCAUAUCUUCCAAAAACAGAUCCAAAGACCUGCAAAGAUUAUCACACUACGUUUGGCUACCGUCAUGAUGGUGAAUACCUUAUUUAUCUGGAUUGGCCAGAAUGUACAAAUGCAGCUGUAAUUUAUUGCGCAAACAUGGAAAGUACUCCUUUGGAAUAUAUCUCCUUACCCGAACAUAAAAAUAAUUAUGGUGGAAGUCAUAACAAAAAUAAGAUGAGGGAAGAAAAGACAUACUUCGAAAAGAUUAGAUUCUUAUUGUCUGAAAGACGUGUCAAAAGAAACGACUUUGCUUUCGCCACUACAAAUUACCCUGGAACUGCAAGAAGACCUUACGCCGAGGCAAGAGAUUGUUUUUCCAAUUCCUGCAGUGCUCAAAAAAGAAAAGGUAGUUUCAAAGUGGAUUUGACUGGAACUAGCUUUCACUUGCCCCAAGUUAUUGCCUACGACUUCUACUCAUUCCCAGUCUGCGUGAGAAAAGUUUUUGCAGCCUCGAUGAGCAGUGACAAUUUGCGUUGGUCUGGAAAAUGCGGAGGUUCCUGUGGAUCAUGUUGGCCAAAAUCCUUCACUUUGUUGUUGAAUGGCUGCUAAUCUUGAUAUCUAUAUCUGAAGGAAACUGAUAUCGUUUAUGCACAAAUUGCCAUCUAAGGUUAUGAGGUUAUAACUGAAUGUUACUUUCAUUUGACUAUAUAGUUAAUAAUUGCACAUUUUAUUAUACACUGCUUAUCGACCAAUUUAAAAUCGGUCAUCUCUGAUGCGGCAUUAUUCGGCAUUGCUUUUCGAGUUAAAACAUGCCUGAAUUGGUUAUUUAAACGAAAACCUAUUAAAUCUGUUUUUAUCUCAACAUUAACCGAAGAGAGUUAAAAAUCACCAUAGCAACCGACUGGAAAUUGGUCAUAACAAUAUAAUUAUUGGUCAUAUAAUCAGUUAAAGUAUAGAAAUAUAUUCAAUUUUUG